UAUUUACAUAAUGAAAGGAAUGGAGUGGGCUGGGCUGCCCAGGAGGAAGGACAGUCUCUCUCUUUUUUCCCCCCCUCUCCUUGGAGUAUCGGGAUGAUUGCUCAAACUCCCAAGAAGGUGGCAAGGACUGGAGAGAGGGUAGGGAUGGGAGCAAGGAGGAGAGGGAGGAACCCGGAGAGCGGAUGGUAGAAAAGAGAGAGGGAGGCGGAAUGGAAGAGAGCACAGUGGUGAGGGAAGUUAGACCCAGGGAUGGAAUGGUGAAGUGGGAGAGGAACAAACCCAUGGGGAGAGACGGAACCACCAGGAAGUGUAUCUAAAGGAGACAGAGGUGGAAGGAAGAGUACGGUCGGAUCUCUGGAUGCUCUUGACCUUCCCAUGUGUGGUACAUGGGGAUUCGCCCGCCUGAUCUUUGCUCCACUGGUAUCCCCAGAGGGAGACCUGUAUUGGUUCAAGUGAGAGAGACGCUUCCUUGGGGACUGUUCUCGAGACCACUGACUGAAAAGUUUCCAGGUCAGAUUUGACUGAGAGGAGCCCAGGGUCACCAGGACCCGAGGGCUGCGUCGUCUCCCUUUUUUAUUUCCUGGUGGACCUUUCGGUGCCAAGAUGGAUCCCUUGCUGGGCGUGAAGAUCGGCUGCUUGGCGGGCCUGCUGGUGGUCCCGCUGCUGUGUGGACUCAUCCCAGCCCAAGUCCAGUGGUUCCAGAUUAACAUGGCCAGAGGAAAGCAUCGGCGCAUCCUUAGCUUUAUAGGCUGUUUCGCAGCUGGAGUGUUCCUCGGGGCCUGCAUUAUGCACAUGGUGGCUGACGCAUUGGGGGACAUCAAAUCGGAAAUAGAAAAGCGCCAGCAACAGGGAGCUCUUGUCCUGAAACAGAAUACUACUUCUGAAGGUGAUGAUUCUGAGGGAUACCCAUUCGGAGAACUCAUCAUCUCUUUCGGCUUCUUCCUGGUGUUUUUCAUUGAGAGCGUGGUACUGUCCUGCUGCCCUCGGGCCGUCCAUUCGCACGGCGACCCCGAAGCCCACGAUGACCCUAAGGGCAUGCCCGAGUCACACAGCUCCUUCCGGGCAUUCGUGCUCUUCCUCUCGCUCUCCUUCCACUCCAUCUUCGAAGGCCUGGCCAUCGGCGUGCAGAAGGAGGACACGGGUGCCAUUCAGCUCUGCCUGGCCGUGCUGAUCCACAAGGCCAUUGUGGCCUUCAGCCUGGCCCUGAAGCUGGUGCAGAGCGGCACCGAGCCCCGGUGGAGGCUUCUGUACCUGGUGGUCUUUGCCCUCAUGUCCCCAGCCGGGAUCGCGAUCGGCAUUGGGGUGUCCCUCUCCGACAGCGAUGGAAGCGGCCUGGCCCAGGCGGUGCUGGAAGGGGUGGCGGCCGGGACCUUCCUUUACGUCACUUUCCUGGAGAUCCUGCCCUACGAACUGCGCUCACACGAAAGCCCUCUCGUCAAGUUCUCCUUCAUUGGCUUUGGCUUCUUUAUCAUGGCCGUCAUUGCCAUCUGGGCAUGAAAAGACUUCCUGAGCUAGGGUUAUCGUCGUGGAAAUCCCAUCACUCUUUCUAGGACAAAAAAAAGGAGAAACUCCUUAAGAUAAGCCAAGAAGCAAAAAUUCAAGGGAAGAGAACACAGUGGAUCGAGAGACAAAGAUACCAUAUUAGCCAGUACCACCUUCCCCUGAGUUCACGGAAGUCCGUCACUGACACUUUAAUCCAUCAGCACCGUUGUCAGCCGAUUGGACCAAGAGACCUACGUGAGCAAUCCUGUGUCCCGUGGAGUCUUUGUGAGAGUGCAUGUACAAAAGGGGGAGUUCUGUUUGAAAAGAGCUCUCGGUCCAGUACAGGAUAGCGAAUAGUAGAAGGAAUAAAGAUAAUGCGCUGGUGUUCAGUGUGUGGGU